UUGAGGAGAUUUGGAUUAUUUUCUGGAAAUCAAUUGCAUGUCAUAGUACAUAUCGGCAAUAUGACAUCUCUAGAUUUAAGACAACAGAAACUCGAACAACAGAGACAAUUAAUUGCACAAAAAAUGAAACAAAAACGACAAAGUGGUGCUGGUGGAAUGGUACAAGCAUCUAAUAUAUCGAACACUCAACUUACAAGUCAUUCUACAAAAUGGAUGAAUCCACAUAAAGAGCUUCGAGGAUAUGAUGGACCAUUACAGUUUAAUAUAUCACAAACAAAUACAGAUUUAAAUACAUUUAUAGAGAAUAAGGAUGUAGAAGCAAGAAUUAAUGAAGUUAGCACAGAAGGAAACUUUUACCAAGCUAUGGAAGCUGCUGAUUGUGCAGAUGAAGAAUCAUCACCUAUAGAUAUUCAUUCACCUUCGGAAUCUUUACCAUGUCCUUCACCUCUUAGAGUAGCUCCUUCAGAUGGUUCUAGUACACUUAUUAGUAGAGAAAACAAUUCUUCAAGUCCAGAAUUAGAAGGAAAUGUGGAAGGAAAUAUAGAACAUUUUGUAUUACAACCAGCAAAUAAAAAAAUGCAUUAUAAAUGUAGAAUAACGCGGGAUAGAAAAGGUAUGGAUCGUGGCCUUUAUCCAACCUAUUUUUUACAUUUAGAACGUGAUUAUGGAAAAAAGAUUUUUUUAUUGGCUGGACGUAAAAGAAAAAAAAGUACAACAAGUAACUAUUUAAUUUCUACUGAUCCUACGGAUCUUUCAAGAGCAGGCGAAUCUUAUAUUGGAAAAUUAAGAUCGAAUCUUCUGGGAACACAAUUUACUGUAUAUGAUAAUGGAUAUUCAUUAAUGAAAGAUGAUAAAAGAGACGAUCGUUUUAAUCCGAGACAAGAGUUAGCUGCAGUGAUAUACGAUACUAAUGUUUUAGGAUUUAAAGGACCACGUAAAAUGACUGUCAUUAUUCCGGGAAUGACAUCGGAUCAAAAAAGAGUUGAAAUUUGUCCACGAGAUGAAUCUGAAACAUUACUUGAACGAUGGAAAACAAAAAAUAUGGAUAAUUUAAUAGAAUUACAUAAUAAAACUCCUGUAUGGAACGACGAUACGCAGUCAUAUGUACUUAAUUUUCAUGGACGCGUGACACAAGCUUCUGUGAAAAAUUUUCAAGUGGUACAUGAUAGUGAUGUUGAUUAUGUUGUUAUGCAAUUCGGCCGUGUUGCAGAGGAUGUUUUUACAAUGGACUACAGGUUUCCAUUAUGUACACUUCAAGCAUUCGCUAUUGCUUUAAGCAGCUUUGAUAGUAAAUUAGCUUGUGAAUAAUAUAAUUCAUAAUUGAAAUAAUCAUAUAUUUAUAAAUGAUAAACUGCAUUAGAAGAAUUUGCAAUGGACAAUCAAUUGCAAUGAUGUUUUUUUACAAACAUAUCCGUAACUAUUUUAUUGAAAUCUCCUGACUAAGAAUAAUCAGUAUAAAUCAUGUGUUCAUUUUUCUUAUAUGGAAAAUGUUUUUAAAUG